AUGAAUAGUAACGAGAUCUUAUUUGUUGGAGACUCCUCCAUUGGGAAAAGUAGCUUGAUCUACAACUAUCUUAACAACACUGAAAACCGUUUGGAUAAAGCUGAAAUACCCAAAUUGAUAGAAAAUUGUUCCAAAAACAUUAAAUUCACAAAGGCCAAAAAAACAGUAGAGUUGGAUUUGAAAAUAUUCGAUUCAAUCAAUGAUUCAAAAUUUGAUUAUAUCUUAAAUUUAUUGAUCAACAAAUGCAACAUCAUUUUGCUAUGUUUUUCAAUUGGAGCAAAAAAAACAAGUUUUGACAAUAUCAAAAGUUAUUGGAUCCAAAAGAUCUAUCAAAAUAGAGAAAACAAUAAAGACAAAAAGCGAAUCAUUUUGGUUGGUUUACAAAAGGAUUUAAGAUAUGAUCUAUCAAUUGAUUUGGACAACAUAGUCAACAAAAACGAUGGUAUGUCGCUAUCCAAGGAAAUAAAUGCAAUUGAUUAUAUCGAAUGCUCAUCAAAAACAGGAGAAAACAUUGAUCUUGUUUUCGAAUCAGCAGCAUUAAACCUAUUAAAAUAUAAUAAAAAAAAGGGCAAGGCUCCUAAAAAUAGCAGUUUGACUGAUUUAGCUAAUGACAAUGAUUGCUGUAUAAUUUGCUAG